CUGAAUAUUCAGCUGAAAUUUCCACGCGAUCGACCGCCAGAUGACAUUCCAGUCUACGAUUACACGAAAGUGAAACGGGAAAAACUUGAUCCUAUAUCUUCACAGAAUGAAACGGAGUCGCAGAUAUCUAAUGAAUCAUCAUCGAAUCACGCAUCUGUAGACGAAUGGGAAGAUGUGCUAAAAAGCGUCAUUGCCGACCAAUCAAUUCCUGACGGGUACAAAAUGGCGUUCCGAUGCCUUGUGAUGAGCAAUCGUGAUCUACGGGAACACAACAGAAUUCUACGUGCACAGCUGGAGAAGGGCUGA